UCUUUACGGUUUGGUUACAAACAUUCCUAAAAUGAUCUUCCUUUAAAAGUGCAUUGUGUAACUUUCAGAAGGAUCUCUUGACAGAAAUGCAAUAUAAAAAUUAGGGGUGCAUCGAUAUAUCGGCGGAUGAUGCUUGCUAUGCUUCUCAAUAGGGGUUGGAAUCGCAGGGUACCUCACGAUACUAUUCGAUACACAAUACAUGACUCCCGGUAGCGAUAGUAUCACGAUUCGUCGAUUCUCCGAUAAUCAAUGUAUUGCUUGCAAAUUCUAUGCCGAUACCUAACAAUAUCUGCCAAACUAUAAAAACAACAUAUGAGCUUUGGGAUUGGUAUUUGCAAUCUCACCACUAGAUGCCGCUAAAAUUAACACACACCACCUUAGGGAUGCUCACAUUGACCGUUUAACCGUUAACCGAAGGUAAGAAUUUAUGACCGAUUAACAUUAUCAGUUAAAAUAAAAAAAUAUUUGUUAAUACAUGGUGCGUGUCGUCAUGAGCCGACAGACAUUUCGCCACUUUUUCUAUCUUUAAUUUGUGAAUUUCCUGUAAAUGACACAAAUUAUUGCUGCCCUGACGGUCUGAUAAAGUAAUCAUUUGUAUGAGAAAUCAUUUGUAUGCGUGUUUGGAAGCUGAACGGAGACGCGCGCGUGUCCGCGCAAGAUGUCGUGGUCUGUCUCGCGCACAUCCGGACAGACGUUCGCUGAUGGCCUCUGACCCUGUCCAUAAACAUCUCUCUUUUUCCACAAACGGAGAAAGACGACGCAAAAGCAAAACUUUCUGAAAAGCAUCCUGCUUUAGAAAUGACCACUAUGGUAGAUGAAACUGAGACAAUCUGCCCUUUUUGGAUAUUAAUCCUCUGGACUGAUCGUGUGCUUUUUAAUAAGGUAAUGUUGCGUGAAUAUCUGAUAAUGUAUGAAUCCUGGUUCUGUUGUUGAUCCGUCGCUGCUGUUUACACGUUCAAAUUAAAUCUUUUGUUUUUACUAGUUCACACACAACCGUCAACUGUAUUUUUACUCAAUGACAAUUUCAUAUUAAAAUCUUAUAAGUUAACGGUUAAUGUUCGGUUUAGAAGCUACAGUUGUCGGUCGGGAAAAUUAACUGAUAUGAGCGUCCCUACACCACCUUUAACUAGGUUAACUAUAGUCCCAAUAUAGUCUGGCUACGAGUAACCCACUUCUAGCCAAAAUAAACUUGAAUUUGUUUGUCAUUUUUGACAAAGUAACUUAUGGUUAGACAUCUAUUAAAUGUUCACUGACCGCCCAAUUUUUGCUUAGUUUAAGCCUAGACAUCCGAGUAUGGCUAUCAAAUGGUUUAUGUCUCGACGGCUAUUAGACGUCUUUUAAAUGCAAAAAUGCUUGCCAGGGGUACAUGUAGCCCAAUAUGAAAUUUACAUGGGUUUUAGAAAUUGCACCGUAACAUUAGAUUCACGAAUCAACAAUGUCAACAGUGGAUAUUUAACAAAGAAUCUGGCCACAUUUGGUACAAAUAAAUUGAAUGGUCAAUCCCAAAACAAACUGCAACAUCAAUAUUGCAUUUCCUUUAGCUAAUUUAAAAACGACAGUUUAGGUAUUCAGAGUGACGUCCCAAUUUCCAGCCAUGCCUAUUUGGCACCGCCCGCUCUAUUAAAGUAACACCCCACUCAAUUUUCAUCAUAAAUUAGAGAAUCAAGUGGGUGAGUGGGUAAGAAAGAGAGAGAGAGUAAAUGACAGAGAGAGAUGUGGAUCACUCUAAACAUCUGCUUGUAUCUGACAUUGAACUGUAUCUCUGCUGCUUCAACUCUACAUUCUGAUACCUGUCAGCUUCAAGGACACUUUAAGUUAAAUGGGAUGUACCAGGAUGGGGAUCUUAUACUUGGAGGCUUGUUUGAAGUUCACUUUCUUGCUGUGUUCCCAGAGCUGAGUUUCAGAACUGAACCGGAACCACCAUACUGUGAGGAAUUUGAUAUGUCAAGCUUCCAGCAGGCACAGACUAUGAUCUUUGCUAUAGAUGAGAUCAAUAGGAAUCCCAAUUUCUUGCCAAACAUCACUCUUGGUUAUCAUCUUUAUGACAACUGUGUUAUGUUGGGAAUGGCGUUCCGAGCUGCCAUAGCACUUGUUAGUGGAACACAGGGGUCCUUCUUCAAUCUUAAUUGCACCGGACCACCACCAGUGAUUGGAAUUGUGGGGGACUCAAAUUCCACUCCUUCCAUUGCUAUUUCCAGUGUGCUGGGGCUGUUUCGUGUACCUAUAGUUAGCUAUUUUGCCACCUGCUCCUGUUUGAGUGACAGGAAGAAAUAUCCCUCUUUUUUCAGAACUAUCCCCAGUGAUGCCUUCCAGGUUCAAGCUAUGAUUAAGAUCCUGAGAUAUUUUGGAUGGACCUGGGUUGGUCUUCUCUAUAGUGAUGAUGACUAUGGCAUCUACGCUGCUCAGUCCUUCCACCAAGAAGUGCAGCUGUUUGGAGGUUGUGUUGCAUUUUCUGAAAUUCUGCCUCUUGAUAACAACCGUAGAGAUAUUCAGCGCAUAGUAAAUGUGAUUCAGACCUCUACAGCUAAAGUUGUGGUGGUGUUUGCCACAUCAACAUAUGUGUUACCUUUAAUGGAUGAGGUGGCAUUGCAAAAUGUGACAGGGAAGCAGUGGAUUGCAAGUGAAGCUUGGGCCACCUCUCCUGUAUUUCAAACACAGCGUCUUCUGCCUUUCCUUGGGGGAACACUGGGCAUUGCCAUCAGGCGUGGAGAAAUCCAGGGACUUCGUGACUUUCUGUUGCACCUUCGUCCUGGCAAUGAUCCAAGAAACAAUAUGGUGAGAAUCUUUUGGGAGAACAUGUUCAGGUGCAAAUUUGAGGCUGGAGACAGUACAGGAAAAAACAUUUGUACAGGGCAAGAGGAUCUGAGCAGCACAAACACAGCAUACACUGAUGUAUCACAACUGAGGGCCUCAUAUAAUGUGUAUAAAUCAGUUUAUGCCCUGGCACAUGCACUUCAUGAUCUGACGCAGUGUGAGGAGGGUAGAGGACCAUUCAGUGAUAACACCUGUGCUGACAUAACAAGCCUGCAGCCCUGGCAGCUGCUUCACUACCUACAGAAGGUGAACUUCACCACAGGUUUUGGGGAUCAUGUGUCAUUUGAUAAGAAUGGAGAUGCUCUGGCCAUCUAUGAUGUGAUGAACUGGCAGCCGAGCUCUGAUGGGUCAAUCAUUGUCCGAACAGUCGGUGUGGUGGAUGAAGGGGCGGCAACAGGGAAGGUGCUCACACUGGAUGAAGAUGGAUUAUACUGGAACUUUGAGACAAGAAAACCUCCACAGUCUGUGUGUAGUGAGAGCUGCCCACCAGGCACCAGACGAGCCAGGAGGAAAGGCCUUCCUGUCUGCUGUUUUGACUGCCUGCCAUGUGCAGAUGGAGAGAUUUCUAAUACAACAGAUGCAAAUGAGUGCACAUUGUGCCCAGAAGAGUUUUGGUCCAAUGCAGAAAGAAAUCUCUGUAUCCCUAAAGAAGUGGAGUUUUUGUCCUAUGAGGAACCUCUGGGCAUCUCCCUGACCACUGCUUCUCUGCUCGGCACCUGCUUCUGUGCUGUUGUCAUGAUCAUUUUUGCUCAUCACCGCAACACUCCUAUAGUGCGCGCCAAUAAUUCAGAGCUCAGCUUCCUGCUGCUGCUGUCACUCAAACUGUGUUUCCUGUGUGUGCUGCUGUUUAUUGGCCGACCACAGUUGUGGACGUGUCAGUUAAGACAUGCUGUGUUUGGCAUUAGCUUUGUUUUGUGCGUCUCCAGCAUUCUGGUCAAGACUAUGGUGGUAAUAGCCGUGUUUAAGUCAUCUCGACCAGAGGGUAAAGGUGCUAUGAAGUGGUUCGGUUCAGCGCAACAAAGAUGCACAGUCUUGGUCUUAACUGCCCUUCAGGUGGUGAUAUGCGCAGUCUGGCUAUCAUCUGCAUCUCCCACACCCCAUAAAAACAGCGUGUAUAUCAGAUCUAAAAUCGUUUAUGAAUGUGCUAUUGGUUCAGUGGCUGGAUUUGCUGUGCUGCUGGGCUACAUUGGGUUUCUGGCAGCUGUGAGCUUUAUGUUAGCUUUUCUAGCAAGAAAUCUUCCAGAUAGUUUUAAUGAAGCAAAGUUCAUUACUUUUAGUAUGUUGAUCUUUUGUGCUGUAUGGAUUGCGUUUGUUCCCGCUUAUGUCAGCUCACCAGGGAAAUAUGCAGUGGCUGUGGAGAUUUUUGCCAUUUUGGCUUCCAGUUUUGGAUUACUGGUGGCAAUAUUUGCCCCAAAGUGCUACAUCAUCCUCUUACAUCCAGAAAGAAACACUAAAAAAGCCUUAAUGGGAAGAGGCACUGAAAAGAAAUAGUAUGAUAAUCAUAUACUAUAUGACACAACAUUGGGUAUAUUUCUACCUUUGUAAACAAAUAAGCCAAAGCUUUGCAAAGUCUGAUUAUUUAUAUGACUAUAGAUAUUAAUAUAUAAAUCACAGUGUACAUAAUAAAACUGUAUCAGUGGCUUUAAAUGUAAUGUAUGCUUAAUUUAAUAAAUACAUUAGCACAAUUGUUCAUCAGAACAAAUAAAAAAGUAAUUCC